AUGGCGCUAAAAUCUCUUUCUAGUAUGCAACGUCGAUUUUCGCGAGACGCUCGAUUGGCUGAGGCGUACGGUAGCUUCAUGAGGGACUACGAACGACUGGGACAUAUGACUCGACUUCUGGCCUUAGAAAUACGGUGCGAGGAUGCGUGGUACCUUCCACAUCACGCAGUGAUUCAGGCUUCGGGUGACAAAUGGAAACUUCGUGUUGUGUUUGAUGCCUCUCGGAAAACUCGCGAAGGGCACUGUCUGAAUGACUUUUUGUGGGCAGGACCCCCCCUCGAGAGCGAUCUGUCAUUGAUCCUCUUGAAUUGGCGAAAAUACCGUUUUGCGUUCACCGCAGACAUAGUGAAAAUAUUGCGGCAAGUACUGGUCAAGCGCGAAGACCAGGAUUUGCAGAGAAUUGUGUGGGCCCCGACCGCUGACGCCAGUCCUGUUGAUUACCGCUUGCAUACUGUCACGUACGGGACAACUUGUGCUCCAUAUCUGGCCAUCCGCAUGCUUUCACAGUUGGUUAUUGAUGAAGGGGAAGUUAACCUUCCCCUCGGAGCUGAAUGUCUGAAAGCAGAGACGUAUGUUGAUGACACCUUCGCAGGGGCGGAAGACCUUUCUACCGCGGUUCAGAAAAGACUCGAACUUAUAGAAUUGUUAAGAUUGGGUGGUCUCGAGCUCGACAAAUGGUCCGCAAAUCAUCCCGAUCUUCUGCCACCUCAGGCACGACAGAACUCACCGAAAGAAAUCGACGGCGACGCGUUGGUCAAAACCUUCGGGAUCCAUUGGACCCCAUCGCAGGAUGAUUUUAAGUUCCGUGCAGCGGACGUGGAAGAGAUGUCCACUGCUGCAACGAAACGUUUCAUCCUUUCGAAUAUCGCGCGUUUGUUUGACCCGCUCGGGUGGCUAGCUCCAAUCACUGUGACGGCGAAGGUCUUAAUGCAGGAUUUGUGGAUUCAGAAGUGCUAUUGGGACUCGCCUCUCCCCGCAGAAUUCCGCGAGCGAUGGCAUACUCAUUGCACGUCUUUGACACAGUUGCCACCUCUAUCCAUCCAUCGUUGGUUGGGGGUCGCAUCUUCCCGUUCCUACCAGAUUCAUGGCUUUUCCGAUGCGUCUCCUCGCGCAUAUGCAGCCGUGGCAUAUUUACGAAUUAACGAGGGAAAUGGUCGGUUCAGUGUUUCGCUUCUCGCCGCGAAGAACAAGGUGGCUCCCGUCAAAACGAUCAGUAUCCCGAACUUAGAACUGUGUGGUGCUGCACUUCUCGUUAAACUUCUUUGCCAUGUCAGGAAGCUCGAAUUUCUCAGCUCACUUCCGGUCUACGCAUGGUCUGAUAGUCAAAUAGUUCUUCAGUGGCUUCGAAAGCACCCAUGCCACUAG